UUGCCCAGUGACUUUUAUCAUGCCAUAGUAAUGACCCAUCUGAUUCUCAAAUCUGGAUGGAACUGUAUUGGCAUCAUAACCACAGAUGAUGACUUGCCACACUUUUACAAAUAGCCGUCAAAGUUGUCCAGCCCUCCUCUCAGCUGCCUAGAAGUGAGGAUUAAUCAGACAUUUGAGAAAAUCAUUGCAGAAUCCCAAGUUAAUGUCAUUGUCAUGUUUCUGAGGGAAUUCCAUAUAAAAGAAAAGAAUACAUAGAAAUGUGGGGUUGUAACUGAUAACUGAUCAAUUGUCACAAAGAUUAGCAGCAUUUCUAAUACUAAAGAGAUUGACAAAAUUGCAGGGUUUACCUUUAAGAAAAGGGAUAUAUCCUCUUCCCACUUCUUUCUUCAAAACCUUGCUAAGUUCCCCAGUGACAAUAACAAACCUUUAAAUUAAUUUAUGAUGCUUUUGUCUGCCUGUGCAUAUGUCCAGGAUACUGAUUUGAAUUAACGUAUUUUUCAUCUUUCUCGGAGGCUUUUUGCGUAUAAAUUCAACAAGAAUGUAGAAAGGAAUUUCUUGAGGAAAGACUUCCUCUGGCAAUGUAUUGAGCCAGGACUUAUUCAACUGGCAGUGUUGGCCAUUGACUAUGCCACUUGGGAUCCGAGCCAUGCUUGAGGCUGUCAGAAGCCCAAUGUGUUUCAACCAAGUGAGAUACCAACUCGUGUUCAAGAGAAUCUCUUAUUUCUGAAUGCAUUUCACUUUGAUGCCCAUGGGGACUUGAAUACUGAGUCUGAUGUGUUCUGGAAAGAAAUCAAUGGCUAUUUCUCUAUUGCAACUAUGGCUGAAUAUGACCUGUAUAAUUAUCUCUUCAUUGUCACAAAACAAAAAACAAAAGAUGAACUCAAGAAUCUUAAGUGAAUUCAUUAGGAGUGCUCCAAGAAAUGAAAUCCUGGAAAAGUGAAGACAACUACAAGAAGUCAACACAGCUGUUGCUAUGAAUAUCAGGAUUGUCCUGAAAGCCACCACAGGAACCAAAUAGAUACAGAUCACUACCUUUUAUGCAACAACAAAGUUCACUGGGCCCCUGUAAGCAGCACUAUGUGCUUUGAGAUGGAAGUGGAGUGACUGCUUGCUAUCUUGCUCCUGGCCCUCUCCCUACUAGAAACCCUGUUUGUUCUGGCCAUUGACCAUCUGAACACACCUGUGGUGACAUCAUCUGGAGGGCUGAUGUUGUGUUAUGUGAUCUUCCUUUGUCAUUGGUUCAACUUUGCCAGCACAGGUUUUUACAUUGGAGAACCACCAGACUCAACAUGUAAAAACAGACAGAGAGCUUUAACUCUCUGUGUCUCCAGCACUUUGAUGAAGUCAUUGGAAAUUGUACUAUCCUUCAGCAUUGAUCCCACAUUGCAGAACUUCCUGAAGGGCCCCUGCAGACCAAUCCUCUUUGUCCGCAUUUGCAUCAGCAUACAGGUUAUCAUUUGCACGUUCUGGCUGGUCUUCACAGCACCUGCUGAGAAGAAUGUCUCCUUGCCCAUAGUCACUAUCUAGGAACGUGAAGAGCGAUUCACCCUUGUUGGCACCAUGGUGAGCUAUAUUGCCAUCCUUGCCUUCAUUUGCUUCAUAUUUGCCUUCAAAAGCAGGAAAUUACCUGAAAAUUACAAUCAAGCCAAACUCAUAACAUUUGGGAUGCUCAUUUACUUCAUUGCUUCGAUCAUAUUCAUUCGUGUCGGUGCUACCACAUUUGGCAAAUAUUUGCCAACUGUGGAGGUUAUUAUUAUUUUAAUGUCUAACUAUGGGGUCCUGUGUUCUAUGUUCUUUCCCAAAUGCUAUAUUUGUAAGCAAGAGACUAACACAUAGUCUGCCUUUCUCAAGAUCAUUUAUAGUUAUUCUGCUCAUAAUGCAGUAAGCCUGCUAAAAGUCACCUUUUCACUGGACUUCAUUAAAAGCAAUAUCACAAUGACCAGCCCCGGGUCUAGUGGCAAGUCAGCAGGCUGGCAGAAAAGCAAAAUGGUUCAGGCAUAAGGUGCACAGAAAAGCAAAGAAAGUGCUACAACUGUAUCUAAAAGAUUGCCUUGAAAAAUAAUUUCAAAUUUAUUAAGAGUCACAUUCCAGAAUAAAAUACCUUCAUGUCUAAAAUGUGUAUAUCCUCAUGAAAUAAAACUGGAGAAUAACAAGUCAAAAUACUCCAGAAGAAAGGCAAAUACUUGGAAGCUGAACAACAUGCUGCUAAAUGAACGAUGGGUUUUAGAAGAAAUCAAAGAAAAAUUCGAAUAA